UGGCUGUUAGGCGGGGCGGUGGCACGGCGGCCAUGGAGCGCUGCGAUCGCGCCGCUGAGCCGGGCCCGACGUGGCCCCCCGGGUCCUCCCGCCCGCCGCCGGCCGCGCAGGCGAUGGAUUCUCCCUAUACCAACGGAGCCUACAGCCCCCCGUACCCUCCUGCGGCUGUCCCGCAUUACACGGGGCUGCCGCAGACAUGGGAGUACUACUGCUCCGGGCCCCCGCGGGCCCCCUACCCCACCGAGCCCACCGGCGUGUACCGGUGCCCAUCACCAGCUCCCUCCUGGAGCUACACGGAUGGUCCCACCGAGGGCUCCUCUCUACGGAGGCAGCAGGUUCCCAGCUACUCCCUGCCACAGACGCCGGGAAUGCCCAUCCCGCAGUAUCCCUAUGGAGACAGCAGCCCAGGGGUCACCCCUCCGCCGCAGCCCAGAGCCCCGGAGGACACGUGGGCUCCUCACACUGUCUAUGGGGUGCAGGCACGUUACCCGUGGACCUCCACUUCAGUGCAUGGGCACCCGUUCGUGGCCGAUUCACACUCAUCCUGGACCAGCAGUGGAGCAACUUCCCACCCCACCACGUGGGACUCAAAGGACGUUGCUUACGACAAACCUGAGCACGGUACAAACCAUCACAACUACUACCCUGACGGCAAUCACCAGCACUGUGGGACAGUGAAUGACCACAAACCAGCCCCCCCGCACCCCAAGGUGCAGUACAGUGCACAGCCCCAGCUCUACGACAGCGCGCCUCGGAAGCCUUUGGUUGGGAACAGGGAGGUUGGCUUUAAACCUGGUGAGCACCAACCUGCAAUGAAUUCUGCAGCCAUCCAGCCAGAGAUUCAGAGGAUCCUGCACGUUAUGGGGGAAGCCGAGCAGCUGGAGGACGAGGUGGAUGAAUUUGUAGGGAAAAAGACGGAUAAAUCCUACCGGCUUCUGGAGGAGAUGUUGACCAAGCUGCUGCUGGAACUGGAUUCCGUGGAGACUGGUGGCCAGGACAGUGUUCGACAGGCCAGGAAAGAGUCCGUCCACAGAAUUCAGGCCAUACUGGAAAAACUGGAAAGAAAGGGAUUGUGAAAGCACAUCAGCCACAACACACAGCCUGUUGUUGAGGUUCCAAAGAGUUCUAGUUCUGUUAAAUCUCAGCUCUUUCUGCUACGCACUAUUGACAAUGGAAUAGCAAUAAGCCCCGAGCUCAAAACGAAACAGAACCACCAAAACUCAACCCCAGAAGCUCAGCCCCAGCUGAUAACUUGGCAAUGGACAAAGACAAAGAGGUUUGGAGCCACAGAUUGAGUUGGAAAAGCAGAACCACCGAGGUCCUUACGGUGUAAAGGUCUCCACGGGGAGACCCAGAGGGCUCUGCAUCCUCUUCAUCAGCAGCAAGAACAUCACUGUACAGAGUUCCCCAACUGUAGGUACCUCCUGCAGCCACAGCCCUUCCUCAGAGAGCCAAAACGCUUGUGAGAUGUGGUACCAACCACACUGCAACGUGCAGCCACAACCCGAGGCUUGUCAGUCACUGUGUGUACCUUCAGCUUCAGCUUCCUCACCUUGUGUGUCGUCGUGGGGUUUCGUUUGCCUUUAGUGCACUCAAGCAGCAGCGCUGAAGUGCUGCAGAAAGGGACCAGGCUGGCAGCUCAUCGCUGCAAGUAGAUGUCACGUCGUGCUGUGCCUCCUCUGUCGUGAUGAGCCAGUCCGUGGUGUCCCCCGGGGACAGUUCUGCCACUGGGAAGGUGUGAGCAGAGGAAUGGUGUUGGAGAAGGGCAUCCGGAAGCGGUGGGAUGCUUGGAAAUGUUUUCCAGGUCACUUUUUAAUGGUACCGUCCUCCCACCUACUGCAAGUAUCCCACUUGUGGCACCGUACAGCGCAGAGGGGAAGGGGACAGCUCAGCCUCCUGUUCCCCUUCUGGUGACGCCACACGUGAAGUGAAUCAUUGCUCUGUGUGACGAGAUAAUAAACCCUGACAACUUUUGAAUGUUAUUUUGUAAUUAA